CAGCUCUUGUCGAUCGACGUUUCGCUUUUUGGCCUUUCUUCCUUCCCAACUAUCCUCAACGCCCAUCAUGUCAAUCCCAGCUUCAAGCCUUUUCAAUCUCUCAGGAGGCGUCGCGCUCGUCACCGGAGGCGGUACUGGCAUCGGCCUCAUGGCCGCCCGCGCUCUGGCUUCGCAAGGCGCCAAAGUCUAUAUCACUGGCCGCAGACUUCCAGUGCUCGAGUCGUCCGCCAAGCAUCAUAAUCCCGCCCUCUCUGAGCAUGGCGGCAGCCUCGUGCCGCUCCAGCUCGACGUUACCUCCAAGGAAUCGAUCAGUGCUGCCGUCUCCCAGGUCACUCAGCAGGAUGGGAAGCUUCACAUACUGGUCAACAAUGCAGGAGUGGAGGGACCUGUGACCCAUUUCACAGCUGAAGACUUCAAGGAGGGAGCGUCGCCUGAAUCCAAGGCGGAGCUCAUCUCCAAGCGUAUCAUGGAGUCGGAAGACUUUAAUGGCUGGGACUUUGUAUUUCGUGCAAACGUCCACGCCCUUCACUUCUGCAGCGUUGCAUUCCUCCCUCUCCUUGUCAAGGGCAACUCCUCACCUCCGACGGGUCGUGAGCCAGGCUCCUCCGGCGUGGGCACCUCGGGGUGGACGGCUGGCAUUGUCAACAUCACGUCUAUCAGUGGGCUUGUCAAGUCGUCGCAGAAUCACUACGCGUACAAUGCGAGCAAGGCGGCCGCUAAUCACCUGACGCAGAUGUUGGCGCAUGAACUGCAGUUUGGGGCCAAGAUCCCUGUGAGGGUCAAUGCGAUUGCACCAGGUCUGUUCGCUACGGAGAUGACGACGAAACAAUCCAGCCAAGCGACUGGCGGCCAAUCAAAGGUGGAAGACCUGGACCCUCGUAUGAGCAACCCGGCCGGCAGGACGGGCACCGAGGCCGAGAUGGCGCAGGCUGUGCUCUUCCUUGCGAGCGGACUUUUCACCACGGGUGUUGUUGUGCCCGUUGAUGGAGGAUUCGUUACUGCGACGGCUAGCAACCGAUGAGCGCAUGCGCACGAGGCUGUGAUGCGUAGUCGCCUUUGACCCGUCGUAUCCAUCACUGCCACACCCUACGCUCUGCAAUGCCAUGAUCGUGAAUACAAU